AAAACAAUAGUUUCUGAGUUGUGUACCCGCAUAGACCAGGUGUUUCCACCCGGAUAACGUGUGCAACCGUGGAAGGAAGGAGAUAAAAGAAAACUCAUCGCCGACCAAGACGAAAAAUCGUCCUCGUGCGGAUGUGCAAACGCGUGCAUUUGAGUGUCUGUGUGUACGUGUGUGUGAGUGUGUAGCAGUCCAGGUGAGAAAACUCGCGCCGGGGCAACACCUGAGGCACAGACACACCUGGAGGGAUCGUUAACCUCCUCGGAGCAAGCGCCUUACUUCCAGACGGGACGGAGGAUGUGAGAGAAGUACAGGUGCGAGGACAAGUUUACUUCAGUUCCGUCUGCCGCCGCUCACCUGCGUGUUGCCACCACAGACGUUUCUUCUGCAGUGGUAUUUCCCCAAAGCCAUAAAGAAUCCUCCCGUAGGCGUCAGAUGCAAAGACCUCUCCUGAAGUGGAUCCACCUUGCAUUGGACUAUCACCUGGCAGGACCUAAGGUGGAGAUAACUCAGUGAGCUAAUGUCUUCACAAGGAUACACUAGUCGUCCACAUUGAGUGACGUCAGCGGCAGGCAACAGGAAGUGCAGUGGUCAUCGCUCCUGUCACUGUCCUACACAAAUCCAAGUAAACCAAGGACCAGGAUGGGAAGGGAAGGUGACGGAGGCUGACCCAGAGCCCUCUCUCCAUCCCGUACUCCCAAUGUCGUCAGUGGGCGUGUCUUUAGCGAUGACCCGAGUGACCUCACCCCGGAGGUGACUCCUACGUGCAGACAGGACAGUGCCAAGAUGCCGGUGGUUCGAUUUCUGCUCUUGUGCUUGAGGGAGUAAGGCCAUUUUCCGCUCGGUUGCCCGAUUGGUUCGAGUGAGGGGGAGGGCUGUCGGGAUUGCUGGCUGGACGUCUUCGUGCACGUGUGUGUGUGUGCGGGUGACGUCUCCAGCCCGUCAGCGUCGGCGCCUGUUGCUGCUGUACGUGCGUCGGCUGCUGCUGAGCAAAGUGUGCCGCGGGGGGUCAGGACCUCCGCACUUCAGUUCAAGGACCAAAAAGUGUUCCACUGGUUGUGGGUUUUCUCACCUCCAAUCCCCGGACAUGUCACAGCUGGAUCGUGAAUCCUGGAUUUAGGAAAGAACGAACUGAGGAGUCAUCCACCCCGCUACAAGACUGCCACCCGUUUCGGAUUUCUUGAGGCACAGCAAUGCAUCACCAACACUGCGAUCGAGUUUCUUUAUUUCUUGCCCAGUUGACCGAACCAUGGUCAGCACAUAAUCAAGGCCGAUGACGUAAUGAGCAAAGCGCAGGCGCCGCCGAGCCGCGCGCAGCCCAAGGAUGUUGCCGCCUCCCCAUUCACCCCCGAGCCUGCCAUGCUGCAGCUACCCUUGCCCAUAGGCCGGCCUGAGCAAGCAACCAACCACAGUGACCUCUACUCCAUCAAAGACAUCGACAGCCACAACGACCUUGUCUACGAAAACGCCAACAACAACAACAACAGCAACGGCAGCGGAAUCCUCAGCGAAGUCCAUGUGCUGACGACCCACCACCAUCGCCACCAGAACUACUUCAACGCCGAGAGUCACGUGGGUCGUAAUCAUGGAACCGGCACAUUGCUUCACAGCCGGGUGCCUCCACACAGCCUGGAGCUGACCACCUUGACCUCGGCCACCGAGGAGCAGCAGCGCGCUGUCGAGGAGUUCUACCGUUCGUACGACCCCCAGAUUGGCCUGCACACGGCCGCCGUGCUGGGCGGCAUCCUGGGCUGGUUGAUCGUCUACCUCCUGUACAAGACCAAGGUGAAGAAGUGGGCUUUGACACUAGUCCGCGGGAGCAAGCAGCCCCACCGGAAGCGACAAGCAGUCGACCAGGGAGCGGCGUGUGCGAGGUGCUGAGUGACCAACACCAAACCCCCAACCACCAUUUUCGCCCUCAGCUUUUUCAGCAGUACGGCCAGUUCCAGCAGGUGUGUCAGGACCCAGAAGAGGCCGGACUCCGGGACCAGGUGGCCUCGCCGCAGUCCAGCCUUAACUCCGGAAAACUGACAACAACUACGGGCAAGCUGUGUCCUAUGCCCAGCAUCGUCAUCGAAUCGUACUCGCCGCCCAAGAAACUGUCCAAGUCCGCCGUUAAGCUUAAACAGACGAACGAGAACGUCAGCAAGCAGCCCACACCCAAACCUCGUCCCAAAAUAAAACCUGCCAAAAGACCCUCGAAGAAAGGACAGAAGUACAAAAGGAUCGGAAGUGGCUCGUCACGCAACAAACCAAAUCCACAAGUAACCGUCCUUGACCCUGAUGACCCUGACACGAGCCCCUUCUUCUUGCCGCCGUGUUGCGACUCUGACUCUGCGCAGGCCACGGCGCGCUGGGUGCAGAACAUGCCGCUGUUGAUGCACAGCUACCAGGACCUAACGGGCCUAGUGUUGAAGGUGCACCCUCUGAUGGCUGGCCCCCAGAAGCCCCAGAGCUGCCCUUUGAUCUCGGCCGCUCUGCAGUACGCUGCCCUGCCCGUGCUGGGGUUGCCAAACCUGGGGUGGAACAAGAGCCUGCCUGUGUUGACGGACAAGAGCGGCGCGGGUAGCAUGGAGAACAACGAGCUGGACAAGCCACCCCGCGACGCGGACAGCAGCAGAUCCGCUGCCUCUUCACUUCCUCCGCCUCCUCUACCCCCACGACCACGUACCCCGCCGUCGAGAGAAGCCGGAGGGAGAUCGGCAUCGCCUCCGCGUCACCCGCCACCCCGGCUCCUCCUGCCUGCUGUGGACCAGCCGCGGUCUUUGUCCGCUGCCAGCUUGUGCGUGCCAGUGUCCCCCGCCUUCCCUGGCACGUACGUCGUCUCCGCCCCCGCAUCCCCUGUGCCUCUACCUGUCACACCGCUGGUCACCAUCCAGCACGUCAGCUCGCGGGCCUGCCGCAGCACCACGCCGCAACAGCAGCCGCGCGCGGACAGUCAGGACUCGUUCAGCUCCAGCUCCUCGGCAGAUGCGCUGCUGCACGUGCUGGAGCCCACGCAAACCCCACACGCGUACCCCUACCUCCUGUCGCAGCCCCCGAACUGCCCACACGUGUCUCGCUCUACUCCGCACAUUUCGUGGCCAGGGGGGUCCGAUCCCCACCCUCGCCCCCUAGCAGCUGACGUCAUUCCGCAAGGGGUGGUUCCGCGGAGCUCCAACUCGGACGAGUGUUUCCAGACGGUGGCGGCCAAGGCUCCGGACGCCAUAUUCACGUUAGAAACAAAAUUAUAGCGCACAGCCGGGUAGGGAGCUGAUGGUGAGCUGCAUUCACUGGAUGGGGUGGAGAGGAGAGCCUCACACGUGCUGAGCACCGUGUAUUGUCAUGAAGAUCGAGAUGUGGAUCGCAAGUUCGGCAUGCCAUUGUUCAUGUGGGAUGUACAAGGCGUGGAGUGUACCCGGAUGUGGCCUCGUCUUGGGACCAACAAACAUGGUGGCCUGUAAAUUCACACACGCCAUCGCAGCGCCUCCCUCCUCUCACCUUGAUUCAUUUGGCAAUUUACGAUUCCAGCCGGGCUGAGGUUGAGAAGAAAUGCCCUAGACAAGCUCGUGCGUGUGUGUGUGGGGGGGUGUGUGUGCACGCUUACGUGUCUCGUUUUUUCCGUUGUCAGCAUCUAGCAUCUGUUCACGAAAGGAUGCGCGCAUGGAUUCAAGGAAUGAUGCAAAGAACGAUGUCAAAAAACUGUGUUCACAUCGCAAAUCAAUUCCGUAGAAAAAGAUCGUAGCUACAUUUCUUUUCUGUUGCCAAGGAUUUAGUUUGGCCACGUGUGAGGCGUAGUUCAGAAAUGUAGGGUUUGUUGACCCCAUCAUCAGCAUUUGUUAACCUUGCUUAAAAACACACUGCCAAGAAAAAAAAACUCUAAGAAUAUGAGAUCCCAACCUAUUUAAGGUAUGAAAUAUAGUUAACUAUAGAUAUCACUAUACAUGUGAAUAUGCCGAAAAAUCUCACAGUCUUAAGGGUUAACACUUAUCUUUCUUUCCUAAGAUGGAGAAGCAUCAUUAAAAUUAUGGGGAGACUACCCGAGCACCCACCGUCUCGCUGCGGGGUUUAAAUUUUGUCACGUGACAGAAUCACAACAAAAUUAAAAUUCAGUUGUUUAUGUGAGAACAUGAGUCUCAAGCUUGUAGUCAGUGGGGUUAAUUUGUCCGGACUCAUAAAUAAAAAAAGACAAUCUGCAAAGACAGAGCGCAGGGUGCGAGUGACUCAAAUCAGGUUGAGACACCCCACUUGAAACUCAUCAUCUAAAGACACAAAUCUUCCCCCGUCUUGCACUCCUUUGUGUCAACAAGCCUUGUCCUCAAGCAGCUACGGGUCUGUUCCCCCAGCCUUGCUGAUACCUUAUCUCCCUUUCCAGAAGUACAGACAGCAAACACCAUCCGUUUUCUCCUCCCGGUUUAGUCAUCUUGCUCCUGCUCUCCUUCUUUUGAUGGCAUCUUUCUUUAUUUUUCCCGAACGUUUAUAGUGGCAAUAAACAGAAGCGUGUGCCUAUGUAAUCUUUGUGUUCCGACGAUUAAUGCUAGCUCCUAACAUUUCUCCAGCUCCAUGAAUUCAUUCUCUCAGCCUGCCUUCCUGACCCCUCGGAUGUUUGUCCUCAAUCCAUCGGUAACUUGAUGAUUUAAAAACAAACAAACAGCUUUGUUGUGAUGGCGCUUUGAGAAUUUCAUUUUGUGCUUCUGCUUCGCGUCUGCUAAGUUAAGGUCUGUCACCUUUAAAUCUUAGGUACGACCUACCCGUGAACUUAUGGGUGGAUAAUGGGAGCAAGAGGCGGUGCAGACCCCUCGAUUAGCGUGUGUGUUGGUGUUGUCAUCCUCUGCCGUAGGCCUCAAGCAGCAUGUUUCAGUUCCGAUUGCUGGUUGCUGGACAUUCUUCUGUCGAGCUCGUGUCUAUAAAGAGAUAUCCAAAACCUGAUUCGGCAGACCACACUGGUCAUGUGAUCAUGUCACGCCGUUUUCUCGCUGAAGUCUCGUACUCAGUUUCUCUCAGCCUUUGCAAAAUCUUGGGAGCCCCUUAGUUCAGCGCCACCUACAGCCUUUGGGUUAUGAGACCUUUAUUUUUUUAUGGCAAUGUGGCUUUUGUAGAGCCGCCAGCCAGUUGUAGCAGUAUCAUAUAAUGCUUCUUUUAGGUCGUAGUGUGACCAGACUGCAGGUCUUGCAGAAAUCCGUGUCAGGUUGAUGCUGAUGUCUCGCCGUCUGAUUGAUUCACUUCUCACGCAACCGUCCACAACCACAGCCAUACACCACGAAAUGGAUUCUUCUAGAAUGAAGAGCUCACAGUUUUCGGUGCAUGGAUCACCUAAUCAUGGACUGAUCUUUAAAACUUCUUUUCUUUUCUUUUUUUAAUUUCCGGCUUUAAAAAAAACUAAAGAUGUAUGUGCAUGCAUUGUGUCUCACGGGGACUUUCAUCUAAGUAAAGAAUGUGUAAACACCGAGUGAAGAAAACUAUUUCUGGUCACCAAUUUCUGAAACAUUUGUGUGUGUGUGUGUUUAUGUGUAUGAGAGAGAGAUAGAAAGCAUCUGUGUCGUCUUCCACAUUCGUUCUUUAAACUGAGUUCAUCGAGACUUGCAAAGCGAUAAACUCUCCUCCUCCCUCACCUCCACUUUUUUAAUGUCUCAAGCUGGAUCAUUCUCAGGCGAGCGAAAAGAAAUAGGCAUCUCCCUAGGGGGCAAUACAAUCUGAUGUUAGUUCUGUAAAACGUUAAUGCGACAACAUCUACAUUGGCAGCAGUCGUGUCUGCUGUCGACGUAAGCAAUAAAAUCACGUGAUGGCUACACGGCCAAGCGCAGACAAGCAGAGAUGAUAGUCAUGAGGUGUGUUGUCUGCCCCUGCUCUCAGUGUUCUCUCCCUUCAUUAUAUUCAUUUCUUCCCCGACUGGUCUGCUAGUAUUCCUAGUCUGCGGAAUGUUCUUAAUUUAUGUACCCGUGCAGCUGUCGGGUGGGUGGGAAAAUCGCGAGGUCAUUGUCAACGAUAGGGAAAACAAGGGAUGAGCAUCGAAAGAACGAAGAGUAGAUGAGUCGUCAUGCUUCACUUUUGGUAAAUCACGCGAUUGAGCAGAAAAAAGUAAGGAACAGGACCCGUGGGAACGAUUCACCGCCAAAGAAAACAACAGAGUUCACACGCAAGGUUGGCAGCAAGGACAAACCGUCUGCAACACGUGGCCGUUGAGACUGCAAUGUCGGUUUUCCAUUUUUGAAAACUAUAAUUUCUUUUCGUCGUCAAAAAUAACUUGCUCAUCUUUUAACUGUUAAAAAAAAAACAGAUUUUUGGAAAAAACAUAUUUUUUUCUGUGAACCACGAAACACGUAAGGGUAGAGAGGUUAAAUCUUUCCUUUCAUUGUCUCACCGACACAAUCUGUCUCUCAGGAUUCCUGUUGACCCAGUCUGUAUGUCUGUAUGUCUGUCUGACUCUAGCAUCUGCUGCUUGUACUUGCGUCUCUGCAUAAAAUAAUGUCAGGUAACAAUCAAAGGCUGGUGUUAACCAAUUCCUUGCCCAAGCUUCCUCGUGUCUUUUUUUUUGCUCCGUUAAGAGUUACUAAUUCACAUUCACAAAAAGUCAGCUAAAUUAUUCUCUGAGGAAUUUGCUUUUUACAUCGUCUGAAAUUGCCAGCAAUUUCAGACAAGCCGCAUGCACGCUGCUUUUUUCGACUGCAUUUCCUGCAGCUGGCAUGAGGCUGAUGUAAAAUAAUGACUUACUUCCUGUUCAUCUUUUAUCGGUAGUGUUCACACUAGUUCAGACCAAUACGCUGGUGUUCACAUCGAGCCCGCAAUUUUUAGUGUACCAAACCAUUGUAAGGAAGAAUCGUUCCUUGUCGUUAACAUAUAAAAGCAAACAACUUUUGUCUUGAAGUAUUCUUAAAAUAAAUAGUAUAGCAGUUAGACAGUUCUCUUCAUCUUUUUAUAGAUGUGCUCUGUAGACGUGCGCGCGCAUAGUCCUGACGUCAGAAUGGUGCGAGUCCCCGACCCUCGCUAAUUCUGUGACCACGAGAGCCUCGCAUUGAUCUAGACAGAAGCGGCUCGACAAAGCUAUGCUGGGGUAUGAUGGACAUAUCAGUAAGUGCGUCCCAAGACAAAGCCAGCGACCAAACAACCAAAUAAAGCAGCAAUUCCUUAUUGAGAUGUGACGAGGGAUUCUUGUUAGCCAGACUGUCUGAUCUGAUGUUAUCUUUGUCCUCCCCGCAGGGAAUAUCAAGUCUUGGGCACAAGCAAAUCCUUUUGUUCUGCAUUUCCAAGCGGAUGAUGUCGAUAUCUUAGAGCUUUGCUCUGAUUUCUGGAAUUCUCCUGCUGACAAUUCCAAUUUGUAGAAGAACAGAAAGUAUUUCUGUUCAUUUGAUUGUUUGCCAGGUUCUAACAAUUGUCAAAACAAGACUGGGAAAUAGAUUGUAAACUCCAAAAUGCGUCUCCUUUUGUUUUAGACAAAUUUGUUGUAAUUAAAUAGAUGGAGAAACCUACAUCCACCCUGAAAUCACCUUUAUGAACAAGCAAAAAUCCUGUUUUGCAUGUUAACGCCAAUAUUAGCCACCUUUCCGAUCUCAAAAGCUCGUCUGGCACCUCGGUGUUCUGCACAACUCUUCCCACUCAACCCACACCCCAUCACACACACACACGUGCAAUAUUCCCUUGUUUCUUGUGUCAAGUGACGAAGACAUCAGUCUGGCACCCUUCCUGUCAAAAACCUCCUGAGAUAGCUGACGACCUACCCAGUAAGCAUUUAAUUCAAUUAAUUUUUAAGCUGCUCAGGCAAUUAAUUUGUUGUUGUUGUUGAUGUCAUUUUCAUUUGAAUGUUGCUAUUUGUACCUGCCAUGGCACCGAUGCGUGUUUGUGUGUUGUUCUACGUGUGUGAGGAAUGCGUUCAUGUGCUUGAGUCGUCAGUGCGAUGACCUCGUGUGACCCGUUCAUCUAGCGAGACGUUUGUGCCACUUAUGAGCGCUGCUUGACCGGUCGAAUUUCAGUCCAGCCAAUCAAAUUGAGGAUUGAUUUUUUUAAAAAAAAUCGUUCAAAAUCGGAGUCACGGCAUUUACUGACCAUCUGCCCUUAAGCUACACCAAGGAGGCGCCAUUAAUGUGUCUGCCUCGGGUCCCGGAAGGGGCACCUAUUUUUCGUCCAUUAGUUUGAUUAGGAGAAAAAGGGGGGGAACCAGACAAAUCGAUGAAAUUGUCUUACAUCCUCAAUGUUCAAGAUAAAAUUACCCAGACAGAACAUGUUAGUGUUGGGGGAAUAAAUGUUGUAAGUACCUAAUCAAGUAAUUUACUGGAAUUCUUGUUCUUGCUGGAGUAGAACAGCUUACAGAAACAAUAGGCUAGAAGUAAGGGAAACAACUUGAAAAGGGAGGGGGGAUGCAACUCAACUGGAAGUAAUUAUCUGCUUCACCCACUCACCGCAUGUAGCGACAGAAUUAUUGAAUCCAUAAUUGUGAUUUACUUAUUUUGUGUGGUGUGAUUGUAGGGGUUAGAAGGGGGCAAUUUCCUGAACUCAUUAAAAGCCUGCUUAAUAUUAACAGUACCGGUGUACUUUACAGUUAAUAUUAAUUAGACCAGUGUAAUGUACAGCUAAUAUUAAUUCAUAGUACCAGUGUACUUUACAAUUAAAUUAACAAUACCGGUGUCUUUUACAGUAAAGGUGCAGCCUAUAUUAAUUACUAAACACAGGUUUUGUUCUAUUUUUUUUGUGAUGAGGCAAAGCCUGAAAAUUAGUCUGGGUUUCAAUGUGUGUUAGAUAUCCUCUACUGCAAUGUUUUCAUUAUCCGGAAAAAUGCUCCCAGAUAUUUCUCACAGCUUUGAAGAAAACCAUGAAUGCCUACAUCAAAUCAUGACUUCUGGGUGCUCAUUUUUUUUUUUUUUUUAUUUUAGAGCCAAAAAGAAUGUUGAAAUUUCAACCAGUUGUAGGUUUACUUGUUUCUUUUAAGAGAGCAUCAGAAGCACAGAAUAAACAUUGUGGUCUCCACAUUUAUGUUUCCUGAAAGUUAUUUGACACACUUGCUUCUCGUUUUCUCAUCCUAGGCCCCCUCUUUUCCCUCAUCCCUGUCCCUUUUAAUCCUCCACCUCAAAUAUCUUCCACUCAACUUCAUUCAGACCUCAGAAGCCUACAAAUGUCUUAAACCAGCCAAAAGGCUCAAGAUUUUCAUGUGUGCAUUAUGCAACAUUACAAGGAAGCUUCCGCAACAUUUUUGAAAGCAAGUACAAACUGUGCUAUUGAAAGGUCUGCAAGAGUGUACCACUUUUUCAGACCUACAAACAUCACCAUGCAGGAGAACAGAGUCAAACUUGUUAUGUCAGGAAUACCCUGGAAUAGUGAGGCAGGGUCCUAACUCUCCAGGCUGUAGCUGUGACAACAUAUCGCAUAUCCAUGUGACAACAUUGAGCAUAUCCAUGGGCAUUCUGUCUUUUGGGGUGAUGUGAGGUGAUGUUUGUAGGCAUGUAUCUCAAGAACAUUGAAGAAUGAUGGAAAGAUAUUCAGCAAGAUUUGGGGAUAUGUGUGUACGCCAAUCAUUUGAAAUUAUUUGUACAAACUUGCAGACCUGAAAAGCAGUGUGUGCUUUACUGUGUGCCUAGUCAAUAAGUUUUUUAUGUGAGCCCGAUUGUCGGACGUGUAGUCAUGAGAAAAAUCAGUCUCUAUUGAAAGUGGUUUAGACUGACACUACAUACAAAGCUGAAAGCCUAACUGAUGUUUUGUAAUGUGCUCAGAAUUUUCCACUUCCAAGACAGAGGCCUGAACUGUUGUGGAUCGAAUGGAAUAUCAUUAUAGCAAGUCUAACCCUUCAUCUGCAACUUGCAGAAUAUGUGUACAGUUAUGAACAGACUGCGUGUAUACUGUUUAAGCAUUUACUGACCGCCAUAGCAAUGCAUUUUGUAAAUUCAUAAUAAACGGUUAGAAUGUGUCGAAAUUCAUACACAUACUGUUCAUCAUGUGAAAAAAUAAUCAUCCAAGUCUGCUUUCAUGCUGUGAUAGACUUGUACCCUUCAAGAUACACUGUCUUUUGUCAUCUGUAUGAAAUAAAAAGUAUUGUUAAUGUU